GGGAAACGGGGGGGGGAAUCGACAAACAGGGCGACGAAUCACAGCGCGGGAAGCUCCAAUAAGGGACGGGGCGGUCCCCUUAAGGCUCCCGGACUGACUGCGAGGGUUUGACCAAUCGGAGCGCAGCGGUGGGGCCUAGUGCCCGCGUUCUUGGUCGUACAAGCAAGGUUAAGCGCCUCUGCCUUUUUUUUUCCUGCGGUUUACUGAGGUAGCGGCUAAUGGGGUGAUAGAAGUGGGAGGGGCUUGGAGGCGCCCCGCCCCUGAAGGCAGGCUCCGCUUGGCUUUCCUGAGGGAGGUGUUUGCGCGCUUUGCUCUGAAGAGGAGAAGUCAUCGUAGACUUCUUCACAGAACUAAAUCUUCACAUAAUGUGUCCCAAAUACAGGUUGUCCUUGGCUCACGAUCUGAAUUGAACUGGAAUCUUCAUAGUUGAACAAACCAGUAAUUAAUCAGGAUGUCACGUGACAGUUUUGCUCAAUGAGUGCAAUCCCUGCACACCCAAUUGUGGUUAAUUUGUGGGUGGCCAACAGGAAGGAAUAGAAGGUUGUAAAGGAACAAUGAAAACAUUGGUCAUUGGACUUGGAGGUGUAACAAAUGGAGGCAAAUCAACCCUGGCAGGAAAGCUGAAGAAAUUGUUCCCCAAUUGCACUAUAAUUUCCCAAGAUGACUUUUUUAAGCCUGAAUCUGAAGUGGCCAAAGAUGAUCAUGGAUUUCUGCAGUACGAUGUACUUGAUGCCUUGUACAUGGAGACAAUGGUGGCAAGCAUACGUUCUUGGAUGACAAAACCAGAAGACUCUGCAUUGCCAAGACCACCCAAUAAUACACAUGAUGAUCAGACAGGAGCAAAAGAUAUUCGGGUCUUAAUUAUUGAAGGUUUCCUUCUGUUUAACUACAAGCCCCUUAGUGAUAUAUGGGAUAAAAAAUAUUUCUUAACAAUUCCCUAUGAAGAGUGUAAAAGGCGAAGAAGCAACAGAAUAUACAGUCCACCAGACCCACCUGGUUACUUUGAUGGACAUGUGUGGCCCAUGUAUCAGAAACACAGGAGAGAAAUGGAAGAAAAUGAAGCAAGCAUUGUUUAUUUAGAUGGAACAAAACCACAGGAAGAUCUCUGUUCAAGGAUAUAUAAUGAUAUAAUGCAGGAAUUGGAAAAGACAAGUGAGCAAGGCAUUAUUAUGCAUGCAUAAAUUUGCUUUCAUUACAACUUGCUUCAUGAAGCACUGAAGAACAUCCCAGGCCCCCUUGCCAGUUGACAGAAAAGCACUAAAAAUUAAAUGAGGAAAAGCCAGCUCUUCUGUACAAUGGGAUAUAUUGGUUGUGGUUCGGUACCAAUUCAGUUGCUGCAAUUCUUCUAACUCCUUUCUUCUUAAUAUUGUCAAAAAAUGAGAGGUUGUUAUAUUUUAUAAUAGUGUCUCUACUGAAUAAAGUUGGAGGUUACUUUUUGCAUA